CCCAGGGCCACGUGGCGAACUGGGAAGUUAAGAUUUCUCUUCCUUUUAUCCACUUCCAAAUUCGCGCUACUGAAUCCCUCGUCCCGCCUCUUCCGUCUCCUUCCUUCUGCUUUCCCCUCUCAUUUUCUCUGCAAUCAAACAAAAAAUUAACCAAGACAGUAGCAGCAGAAGACGAAGGGAAAGGGAUUCAGGCUCAGGGAAAGCUACGACGAUGGCUGUAUUGCCUUAUUCGAUCCCGCGAACUCUUGUAGGUACUCCACCUCCCGGCGCUAUCCCGUUGAGUUUCAGCGGCAGCCGCGUGAUUCGCUGCUGCUCCACCGUGGAGCUUAGCAGCAGCAGGCGCGAUUUCAAUCGGACGAGAACCUGCGCUCUCGCGAAUCGCAGGAAUGUGAUCGGGGUGAUUCUUCUGGGCGGUUCGAGUCUAGUAACUGGCGGAUUUGAGGCUGGAGGAGCGGGGUUGCCCCCUGAGGAUAAACCCAAGCUGUGCGAUGAAAGUUGCGUGAAGGAGCUUGAAAAUGUACCCAUGGUGAGUACUGAAUCUGGGUUGCAGUACAAGGAUAUUAAAGUCGGCGGAGGGCCUUCUCCUCCUGUUGGUUUCCAGGUGGCUGCUAAUGUUGUUGCCAUGGUUCCGUCGGGACAAAUCUUUGAUAGUUCUUUGGAGAAGGGGCAACUGUAUAUUUUCCGUGUUGGCUCAGGUCAGGUGAUAAAGGGGCUCGAUGAAGGGAUCCUAACCAUGAAAGUUGGAGGCAAGCGACGGCUCUACAUUCCUGGACAGUUGGCGUUUCCGAAAGGACUGACUUCGGCUCCAGGAAGGCCGAGGGUGGCUCCGAACAGCCCUGUAGUCUUCGACGUCAGCCUUGAAUACAUACCAGGCCUCGAAGCCGACGAAGAGUGAAGUGUAGAGACCACUCUAUAGCUAGCCGCCACGGUAAACACAUCUCCUCCUGACUUCCCCCCAUUCUUUUCCGGCAACUGUUCAUUCAUUUCCUCAAAAAUAUGUAUAAUAUCGGUCAGAGUUAGUUAUGCGAAGGCUGGAUGUCCUGAAACUUGGUGUCGAAUUGGGCUUGGGCUUGGUCUUGGGCCGGGGAUAUCUGAAUUGGGAUUUCGUUUAAUCUUGUUGGACUAUCUACCCAACUGAACAGUCUCGCUUUCCAUUUUGAUGGGCAUCGGAGAUGUCAGAUGCACAAGAAAGAGAGACAAGUUAGCUUGGAAUGGGGGAAAACAGAUGUUAUUGAUUCGACGCACUGAUAAGUAAAAGAAAGAUUAGAUUCGAGAGGUGAAAAGAAAUCUAUCACCACUAUAUACUUGCCUGCCAGUCUAGUCUGCCACUAGUGUUAAAAUCAACGGAAGAACCAACCACCCAACCCAGAAAUGCACGUGGUGGAGAUUGACUGGUAACACACAAGCAGACCAGACCACUAGAGAGAGAGAGAGAGAGAGAGUAUGGUAGCAGAAUAUAGAAACUGGGGAAGUUCGUGAAGCGGCAGGUCACGGGUUCUGUUUUCUGGACUGGAGAUUGGAGAAGGAGAAAAGGCAAGAAGCAUGCAAAUGAACAAAUGGUAAGGAGAAGAGGGAAUCCAACCCAACCAGAAUAUAAUAAAUUAAACUAUUAAUGCUAAUGUGGUCAAGGGCAUGGAAUGAUGUGUCGCUUUCAUACAUAUAUCCGAGAAAUAAAGCUGUUGUUGAGCAAGAGAAUUUUGUACCAUAUGUGUACAAGUACAACUCCCCAAUAGAAUAU